AUGGCCACCAGGAGAAACACCAACGUUGAGGCAGAUGACCUUUUUUCUGGCACUUUCGAUCGCGGAGGCUAUGUCGCCCGACUCACGGAACUAAACGCCGCUGCAGAAAAGGUUUUCUUUUACAACAAGAUGCUCCUCGUUGUCGACGAACAGCUCAAUGGCAUUCGCAUGGCUCUUGGAGCCUAUCGCCGAGGAGAAGUGGAGUCUGCCAGGCGGUUAGCCAGUGCUGUCGUGUCUCCGUCUGUCAGCAACAGGCUCGCGAGCGACUCAAAGACGAACCUCCCAGACACCCCGUGCAACGGAGUGGACGACCUGAGUGGCCUUUCCGACUGCGCGUUGGUCGGCUCGACGUUCGUCUACUGCAGCCCGACUGUCUUGCCGACGUUUCUUGUCCGGCUCGCAGCGAAACUCGAAGCCCGCCGUGAUAGGUACCGCUCCGAACGCAAGGAGGCAAUCCGCGAGUUGCUGGAAAUGAAUCCGAGUGCCACCGAGCUGAGUGAAAGGGAGUGUCGCCUUCUGCUGGCGGAGCCCGAGUUUCAGAAAAACAAAACAGAGGCAGAUUAA